AUGUCGCGUUUAAGGCCAGCCCCCUGCUCGGUGUGGAGCUUCAAUAGCGCAGAGCAGCGUCUACAGCAAACUACUCCUCGCAGACCGCGUGUGUGUGUGUGUGUGUGUGUGUGUACCGGACCAAACGACAGACAGACAUGGCAGAAGUCGCACCAGCACCCGCCGCCGCCGCGCCGGCCAAGGUACCCAAGAAGAAGGCAGCAGCCAAGCCCAAGAAAGCGGGACCCAGCGUAGGCGAGCUCAUCGUCAAGGCUGUGACCGCUUCCAAGGAGAGGAGCGGCGUGUCCCUGGCCGCGCUCAAGAAGACGCUGGCGGCAGGCGGCUACGACGUGGAGAAGAACAACUCCCGCGUCAAGAUCGCAGUCAAGAGCCUCGUCACCAAGGGCACCCUGGUCCAGACCAAGGGCACCGGUGCAUCCGGCUCCUUCAAGCUCAACAAGAAAGCCAUCGAGGCGAAGAAGCCCGCCAAGAAAGCCGCAGUCCCCAAAGUAAAGAAGUUGGCCGCCAAGAAGCCCGCCGCGGCGAAGAAGCCCAAGAAGGUAGCAGCCAAGAAAGCCGUCGCCGCAAAGAAGUCCCCCAAGAAGGCCAAGAAGCCCGCUACACCCAAAAAGGCCGCCAAGAGCCCCAAGAAGGUGAAGAAGCCCGCCGCAGCGGCCAAGAAGGCAGCCAAGAGUCCCAAGAAGGCUACAAAGGCAGCCAAGCCCAAAGCCGCCAAGCCCAAGGCAGCCAAGGCCAAGAAGGCAGCCCCCAAGAAGAAGUAAACCUAUUACAAACAGUGUUCUACUCGACACAUGUUGUACCACAAAAGGCUCUUUUAAGAGCCACCCACCUCUUUCCAUAGAAAGCGCAUUGAUUUCCAUGUACUAAGAGUCGUGAAAAAGAAAU